AUGUCUGCGUAUCCUUACAGCUCCGGUUAUGUCCCGUACAACUACACAGCGCCGUGUAACUACACUUACACUGGCUACUUGGCGACUGUGCAGCAGUAUUGUGGGCCAUACCUGGAUGGUCUCCAAACGUGUACGUCGGACACAGUGACACCGUUUAUGCGCCUCGAGGCUGCAAGUCAAGUCAGCGAUUGUAUGUACUGGAUAAAUUGGGCUCUUCAUCAACCAAAUUUCACAUACGAUGCUACCAAUGCGACGUGGAACUCUCCAGCUGUGCCCAAGACUAACACUUCAGCUACUUGUAACUACCCAACGUUCUUACCGAUCGCGGAAACGGCUUGCGCCUGGGACUUCUCACAGUGGAAUUCAAUACAAUCCAACACUUCUUGUGACUAUAACGUAGCGGAAGCAGACUGGGGCCCUGGAAGAUGCGUCAGCGAAGCUACUGUUCAGUACGUCCGUUGCACCAUCCAGGAACCCACGGCCAAUGUUGCUUCUUGCAUCGAAGCGAAUGCACAAAAGGCUGACUGGCUACCACAACUGGAAGAGUACGGCGGUGCAGCCUCCUGCGGCUAUCCCAAGAACGUCGUCUUAAUCAUCCUCGGCCUGGGACUCCUGCGAGGUAUAUGCGAAGCGUUCAUCCACCCUUGGAUCAAAUAUCACGUCAAGAAUGCCUGGAGAAAGUAUCGAAAGAAAGAUCCGGACCCAACCCUAUUCUGGGACGCCGCCCGCCGAGCCCCUAGAUUCUUCAAUCUCAAGGCUAUGAUGGUCGUUCACGCCGUAGGAAGAGAGCUCCUCCGAUGUUAUCUAGCCGCCGUCUACAUGCGCAAAGACAACUCGAACCUCUUAGCUCCAACUUUCUUCCGAAGCUUUGUCCUCAACGCCGUCCUUCCCCGCUUUGCGCCAUUCACGGGUCUCUUCGGCUUGAGACAACCAUGGACUCAAGCAGGCUUCGCCGAUCUCUUCGUCGACGGCGUCUUCUCUUUCGUAGCCGGCUCGUUCGUCGGAUUCGGAUCUUACGGCGACGUGCCAAAUCAGAAUCCGCCAAAUCCAGCUACACCCCAGCAUGCCUUGAAGAUCAUGGAGAUUGGCGCACUCAUGACAGUUGCGCCUACCUACCUGUUCUUCGUUUUUCUCUUCUUGUUCUCCUUGCGCAAGGGUUGUAUCCAAGGAAUCUUCACGGUCUUCAUCUCUUUGAUAAUGGUUGGAAUCUUGCUGUUGUUACUACCCAUCUUCGCGCUCUGGGAAUUCUAUGCCGCUAUCCGACACCAAGUUCGUCCUUUUCAAAACGUCCGAGCACUACAACCGAUCAGUAUCGAUUACAAGAGUUUUAGGGGCGUCUAUUACUUUAUGAUAUUCUUUAGCUGGGUCAUCAAUAUCGGCAAUUGGCUAUUUUGGGCCAGCUACCUUAAGUUGGGAGGCGAUUUGUGGUGUCCUAAUAAUGUUGAUUCGGUGGUGAAGAUUUGGGUGUUGAUUCCGUUUGCUGUGGAUGUGUUUUUUGCUCUGUUUGCGAUCGUCACGACGGAUACGAUUGAGGAUGAAGAUAAGAAUGAGAGGACGGUUAUAUAUGUUUUAUCGCAGCCUCCCGCGGGAAUGCCGAUGGGGGAGAGUAAGGUGCGGGAUUUCAGCGAUAGGCCGGUCUACUAA